AUGGCUUGUGCCAACUGCAGACGAAACAAGGUACAAUGCGACCCAGAGCGACCAUGCCGAGUCUGCGUCCGGCGCGGGUUGAAAUGCACAUUACCCUCCUGUACCUGUGCUGAAACUGGAUCUGAGCCGGGACAUUGCAGUUUUUGUCGCUCGCAAAGAGUAAGGAAAAAUAGCCAAACUCCAGUCGGUUCUGUUAUGGAUUACGAAGAAAGAUUGAGUGAUAUUUCAGGUACACCGUCGCCGAUAACAUCCAAUCUGCCAGGGUUCGCCGACCGGAUAAGCUUUCAAGUCCCUCUCAACAAACCUAAUCAUUCCUAUGGGAGGCAUGUGACUCCACAAGAUAAUUCCCUUCCUAUCGAUAACCUUGCGAGUGCUGAUCCAAGGCCACCAUAUACAGCGAGUUAUUCUGCGCAGCAGCAACUUGGAUCUCGUCAGCAAAUUGGACAGGGCAUCAAUUCGCGUCAGGACAUGUCCGUAAACUUUCCUCAACAUUCCCAACCUGACUUUACGCAAGACGGUCAGGUAUGGCGGGACUUCGAUUUGCAAGGUUCUGCCGUAGACGGCGGAGCUGGCCUGGACAAAUACUUCGCGAGGGGCCUCGCUAUGGGUCCGCCAGCCCAUUCAAGUUGUUCCUCUGGCCAGGCCGGUCUUCUCUCGCAAUAUCAUCAAGAACCCUCGUUCUUGCAUUUAGGAAACAAUGCCAAUGGGCGAGUUAAUUUCGAUAACGGUCUCGGCACCGGGAUCGGGACCAGUGAGGCAGACAGUUUAGCCAAUAUCGGCGAUAUGUCGCGCUCUUACGGCCCCGUUCCGAUGGCAAUGCCGGUUUCCAUGACAAUCCCUGUCCCGCAUCCUGGCCGCUCGCAUGUGAACACAGGUGUUCGGAACAUAGGUCAGAUGGACAUGCAUCCUCAGCUGAGGCGUAGUGCAUACUAUUUGACCUCCGACUCCAGAACUGCCCGACACGGAGACGGCUCUUGA